AUUGUAAUGACCUUUACCCAAUCCUAAAAAGGCUUUUUAAGAUGCUGCAAUGAACUUGGUUGAGUUUCUGCACAGGAGACAAGCUGGAGUGGAGGGAGGACAUGUUAGGAGGUGUCUGUGUCGUCGUGUGGUACCACUCCCAUCCAUAAUCAACCCUCAACUCAUACACGGUCAUGUGAUAUUGGGGUUCAGUCAGUGCGGCCGAUAUCUCCUCUCAUAUUGCAAUAGUAUGUCAGAUCGUGAUGAGCACGACUAUACGCUACACUGGUGGACCUUCCAUCUAUACCACCCCCUGAGUCAUCUAAGUGAGCAGGUUCUGUUCAGAGCAGCGUCAGAUCUCCAUCUCAUUAUUGGAUUGACCUCUGACCUCACCCUGGCCCAUGGAUGCAUGAGGGAAGGUGGAGCUGUGGAUACACGAACAUGUCAUGUGGCAUUACUCCCAGGCCCAGGACGGAGUGGCCCCACUAUACUACUCAAGUAUGAUCUCCUACCACCUUAUCCUGUGUUCCUGCCUCAGCUGGCACUCAGAAUACCAGGUUGCCUCCUGCUCAACACAGGGGACAGGCUGGUGGCAGUACACUAUGACACCACACACACUGCAUGUACACACAAGCAGUGGUUCUCCAGUGAUCCAGCAACCCUGGACACUCCAGUGGAGUGCAGUCCAAGUCAUCUUCUCCCAGUGGAGGUGCAUCUUAACUCCAAGCAACUGCUUCCUACCACUAAGAGUGGAGUGUGUGUGGGGCAGACUGUGCUGGAUGUGGAGGUGUGGGCUAACAGCCUACUGUGCUCAGAGCUGGACACUAGAGGCCUCUCCUAUCACUGUCUACUGGACUAUGAUCUACAAGUGGUUCAGGUGUGUGUGGAGGAGAGAGUUGCUGUGUUUGUGAUGGCUGCCCUAUUGGAGGUGUCCAACAUCACUGGAAGUUACGAUACUGUGUCUGUGGAGGUGGUGGGGGCGUGGGAUGUCUGUGAGGGUGUGACUAGUGUAAGGAGAGUAACCACACCCACUAUUAUACCAGGCCACACCCACCAACCUGUAUCUGUGCGCACACGUGCGUCUUCCCUGCGAGCACAAGCCCACCUCCCACUAGGACCUCAAGCCACCGUCAGGACCUUCUCCAACCACACUGUGUAUUCAGGCAAGUCACUCCAGUUCCUCAACCAUCCUAUACUACCCGUCACACUAGCACUGGUCAAGCACACCAGCCCCUGAACAAUAACCAUCAUGGAACUAUUAAAUUUUUAACACAUCAUUUUAUCACUUUCCACUUAUUUCUGUCCCUGUAUCAUGACAUGACAUAUUCAAUAUUGAUAACAAUUGUUGUCACAUCAUGAAAGAAU